AGGGCAGCCACAGACAAGUGCAGGAGACCUUCCCCUUAGCGCUGGAAAUCAUCAGGUCUUUGAUCUCGUCUUUGAUCUCUUCUUAAACAUUUUUAAAGUUUCGUAUCGUCCUGGUGUAACCCACAUGCAAUUUUUCAAGUCCAAAGAGAAGGCGCGAAGCAGCAGGGCAUUCGUCUCGUCUUCCCUGAGUUUUGCCUUGUGUAGAAACGGCAUGACGAUAUUUCACAGCUUUGUCAAAAUUUCAUUAAAGGGGUUCAGGUUGAAAUGUAAGGUGAUCUCGCUCCACCUCUCUCUCCUGCAAAGGAGAGGACAUCCUUCAUGAGCAGGAGAGCGAAGGCCGGAUAGUUUCAUGGCAGAUCCUGCUGUGCUAUACAGGUAUCCCUUUUAUAAGCAACACAGACCAAGUGGGGCCACUCUUGUCCCAUGAGAAUGACCUGAUUGAUCCACAGUUUUGGUGCUUUAAACUCUAAAGACUUCUUUGAUCUCAGCCUCUCCAUGCUCGCUAACCACAGGGCAGUUAAACUAUAUCUCUUACUAACUAGGCACUGCCAGGAAAAUGUAACUUACAAAGGCAGCAUUGUCUGUCGUACUUGAGGAUGGUCAUGUCAGUGAGACUGACUGUGAUGCUCACAAAGGUGUGAGGCAGUCUGGCAGGUGUAACAAAAAUAUACUAAACUCACUUCACACAUUGUCAUGUUGUGUCUCAGCACAUGUGCAGAGCUCAGGGCCAAUCUCCUGGUACAGAAGCAUCAGAAACCGGGUGGGGCAGUUACCAGACAUACUCACCUGAGAGCGGAGGCAAUUAGAGCUUGGAGGGGAGAUAGGUGUUUACGACUGCCACACAUCAAAGAGUCACAGUCUCCAUGCCCUGGGUCCGCUCUGAAAGAAUGGAGCCAGGCAAGGCUCUGGUGCAGUGUCUUCCCCCCUUGGGGCACACUCCCACCAGGGCAAGAAGCCUCCUGGGUCUGACCUCAUAGUGUUCAGCUCCCCUGUUCACACCGUGAGCUCCCCGCAGGGAGUCCACCUGGAUGGGACACUUGGGGAAGCCUGAGAUGCCCCUCACGGGCCUUCCAGCCUACCUCCCCCAUCAGCCAUGACUUUCAGCCAGUUUGGAAAACAGAAGGGUUUUUUAGUCACUGGGAGCACAGUGUAAACAGAUAUUGUUAGCACGGAAUUCAGGAAGAUGCAGAAAAGUCCAUCGUGGGGGGAAUCCAGCUUUGGGCUCUCCCUGCUGAGUCCCCAAACUGGAGACUGACCAGCUUCCAAACGCCCAGCCUCAGUCAAGCCUAGUUACCCUCCCCUGUGUUUUGCCUUUUCCUGAGCAAACAGGUCAGCUGGCCUCCCCCUCUCCUGCUGUUCUCCAACACCUUCGGCUGGCUCCUUGUAGGGGACAGGCUCCAUCCAUCACUUGCCAGGAUACAGAGUGUCAGCCAUUCUCUAUGCCCAGGCAGCCAGUCUGCAGCCACCCCUGCCCUCUAGGGGCCUCCACAAUGAUCACACAUCCUUAUCCCUCCAGCUUGAUAUGAGAAACUGAGGCACACACACCGUAUUCAGAGAAAACAUUAAGAACACUCCCACUUCCUCACACCCUGGCAUAUCAGUGGGCUGCUUGGCGCAAGAGCAUGCUCGUCUCUGCUGUGUGGGAAGGGUUUGCUGACGAUGCUGAGAAGUGUUUUGAAAGGAAGGAGACCCAGAUGUUCUUCACAUCCGAAGGACCUGGGUUCUUCUGCUUCAUGUGGCCAUGUUACAGAGACUGCGGGUAGGGUGACCAGACAGAAAGGGUGAAAAACCGGGACAGAAGGUGGGGGGUAAUAGGUACCUAUAUAGGACAAAGCCGUAAAUAGUGGGACUGUCCCUAUAAAAUCAGGACAUCUGGUCACCCGAACUGAGGGCUAGAUUCACAGUGGCACACAGGCACCCAAACCCCAGGCUAAGCACAUAAAUCUGGCAUUAGGUGCCAAAAUCCCAAUUUAGGCUCCACGGAAACAUACAAAAUUCCUGACAAACCCCGCAGAUGCCUACGCUCACUCAGCAGUAGCUAUGUUUUCAGGGUAAAAGUUCCCUGGGGAGCCUUAGUUUCUGCCUCUGAGCAUGUGCCCUGCUGCCUUCUCCGGGUCAUCUGGACCUAGAGAUCGGUCACGGCUACCAUUAGGAAAUUUUGCUGGUGGCCGUUUGGGAUGUGAUGCCAGUGGGGAGCCCCAGGGAUAAGGAGGACGUGAGAGGUUUUGCCAGCAACCCAGUGGUGGGUUAACGUUGCCUGAGAAAUAACCGCAGUGAUUAACAGGGACAAUUCCAUGCACGGAAACCUGGCUGGGGCAGACAUAAGGAGACUUUGUCUAGAGACCAGUGUCGGGUUAAUCGGACCCUGCAAAUCACCAGAGGGAACCCGGUGGCAAAGCACUGACAAGUGACACCUCCACGACCAGGCCCAGGGCUAGUAACCAGCGAGCCUGGUGUGGAGACAAGAGACCCUGUCUGCCAAACUCCUGCCUGAUCCAAUGUCUUACCAGAGCAAAUCACGGACAGAGUCAGUAUCACCGCAAAAUGUGUCCCCUGCUGUUCUCUCUAGGAUCGGGACCCCCUCACUCCUGAAUCCCUGUUGGUAUUGGGGACUCUCUGGAACAAUCAGGGAGCUCUAUAGAAAUGCCCCUUCUCCCCCGUCCCCAGGAUCUGGAUGUCUCCUUUCUGUCCUCCCAUUGACUCGGUGGCUUUUCUGGAUGAUGCCCCCAUAGUGCUGUGGCCAGGGGACGUGGAGGAUCUGAGGGGCAAGGUUUGCGGCAGGGAGGUUUCAGUGCAAUGGGUUUUUUGCUAGGGCACAAAAGGAUCUGGAGUGGUGUGGGAGUGUUAUCUGCACACUUUAGGGGCACCCACCUUUACCCAAUUCCUCGGGCUCAGGGUGUACUCUUUGCAGGACCUUUUACCAGCCUUACAGAGUAACAUCCUUAUUCUCUCUUUAUUGACGAUUACCAGGCAGAAUACACAUGCUAAGCAUACAGUGCUAUACUCUCCAAUCCAAGCCGAACUUUCCCUGUUGGCCAGGCAAGGUCAGUCUGCUCUGGUCUGGAUUCUGGUUGCAGCACGUCAGGGUCAUGCGGAGGGUUCUUAGCAGCUUUGAUCUUAGGCUGUGUCUUAGAGGCUGAGGAAUCAGGUCCACGUGUCUCUCCAGAUCAUCCCGUCUUCCAGGAGACGGGGAAGGGAAAAGGCUGUGAUGGAGCCAGCUCAGAUGCCGGUGACCUUCGAGGAGGUGGCUGUGUAUUUCACCCAGGGGCAGGGGGCUCUGCUGGACCCCGCUCAGAGAGCCCUCUACAGGGACGUCAUGCAGGAGAAUUACGAGACGGUGACCUCGCUGGGGUUUCCCAUUCCCAAACCUGACCUGAUCGCCCUGAUGGAACAAGGGGAAGAGCCAUGGAUGCCUGAUCUCCAGGCCUGCGAGGAAAGAGAGAUCCCGAGAGGCCCCCGCACAGGUGAUGAGAGAGUGAGUGAGAAGGAUGAAGGGAAUCAAGAUCAGAAAGUUCCUGAGGAAGUGGAACCACAGGGGACCUUUGUGGGAAGAGCUGAAGGGAGUUUUUCCCAGUGCGUGGAACAGGGAGAAGCCUGUGGAAAUUGGCAGAGGUCAGAGAGGCUGCUGGGAAACCACCCAAGGGAGAAAGUGGAUGAAUCUAUUAACUGUGGGGGAGGAGACAAGGAUCCCACAGCCCAGCAGACAAAUCCCAAGAAAGAGAAACCCUGCCACUGCCCCAGAUGUGGAAAAGGAUUCAUUCUGAUAUCACAGUUUGAUACAAAUCAGAAAAUCCAUACUGGAGAGAAAUCCCUUCAAUGCUUUGACCAUGGGGAAAGCUUCAAUAACCACUCAGACCUUAAUAACCAUGGGAGAAGCCACAUGGAAGAGAAACCCUAUCAAUGCCCUGAGUGCAGGAACUGUUUAAAUUGGAAGUCAGCACUGAUUACACAUCAGGCAAUCCACACAGGAGACAGAGUCCAUAAGUGCUUAGAGUGUGGAAGAAGCUUCAUACAGAGGUCAGGCCUUCUUAAACAUCAGGCAGUCCACACAAGAGAGAGAUCCCGUAAGUGCUUGGACUGUCAGAAAAGUUUCAGAAACAGAUCAGCCCUUCUUAAACAUCAGGCAAUCCACACAGGAGAGAAACCCCAUAAGUGCUUAGACUGUGGGAAAAGUUUCAUAUGGAGGUCAGACCUUGUUAAACAUCAGGUAAUCCACACAGGAGAGAGAUCCCAUGAGUGCUUAGACUGUGGGAAAAGUUUCAUACGUAGGUCAGACCUUGUUAAACAUCAGGCGAUUUAUACAGGAGAGAGACCGCACAAGUGCUUAGACUGUGGAAAAUGUUUCAUACGGAGGUCAGACCUUGCUAAACAUCAGGCAAUCCACACAGGAGAGAGACCCCAUAAGUGCUUAGACUGUGGGAAGAGUUUCAUACAGAGGUCAGACCUUGUUAAACAUCAGGCAAUCCACACAGGAGAGAGACCCCAUAAGUGCUUAGACUGUGGGAAAAGUUUCAUACAGAGGUCAGACCUUGUUAAACAUCAGGCAAUCCACACAGGAGAGAGACCCCAUAAGUGCUUAGACUGUGGGAAACGUUUCAUACAGAAGUCGGAUCUUGUUAAACAUCAGGCAGUCCACACGGGAGAGAGACCCCAUAAGUGCUUAGACUGUGGAAAAAGUUUCAUAUGGAGGUCAGACCUUGUUAAACAUCAGGCAUUCCACACAGGACAGAGAUCCCAUAAGUGCUUAGAGUGUGGGAAAAGUUUCCUACGGAAAUCAGACCUAGUUAAACAUCAGGCAAUCCACACAGGAGAGAGAUGCCACAAAUGCUUAGAAUGUGGAACAAGUUUCACACAGCGAUCACAUCUUAUAAUACAUCAGAGGAUCCACACAGGAGAAAAACCCCAUAAGUGCUUGGACUGUGGGAAAAGUUUCACAAACAGAUCAGCCUUUGUUUUACAUCAGAGAAUCCACACAGGAGAGAGACCACAUAAAUGCUUGGACUGUGGGAAAGGUUUCAAACAGAGAUCACACCUCAUUAAACAUGGGAGAAUCCACACAGGAUCUAAACUUCGGUGACACAUGGUCUGAAAGUGUUAACUUGCAGAAUAAUUGACCGAGAUUCUACUUUUAGCGCUGUGUUAGAAAUGUGUGUAAAUGGUAAUUAGGGCCAUUCCACAUUAGAUAAGCUAGAGCUUAGAAAUGUAAACUUGUAUGGUUAAAGAACUGGGAGAAGAUAGUAAUUGUAGUAGUCUAUGUUUAUUUGCGUCUUGUUAGAAUAUACUGUAACAAAGUCACCAAAAGUUUUCUGUCUACGACUGUAUUUUGUUAAAUCUGAGAUGAAUAGGAAAUAUUAACAUAUAGAUAAAUCUUGGGUGUAAUAAUAUCAUUGUCUAUAUGUCUCUGUAAAGUUUGUGGUAAAAUUGUCUAUGAAUUGCUUUAUGAAUAAUUACCUUAUGUUAAUCCAUGUAAUUAAUUUUCACUGAGAUUUAGGUAAGAGAAGGUAACUUCAAAAUCCUAUUGUUCACCCAAGGGCUGUGUGCUGUCAAAAGGCUGCAAAAAUCUGAAUAUGGGAUAUGAUCUGGGACAUGAUCCUUUUAUCUCAGUUGUGCUUAAGCUUUAUUUGGGCUGAGUUUGAGUUAUAAGACGGAGAUCUCCAGUCCCAGCUGGACCGCCCUGAUGUCGAACAUUUGGACAUUGGACUAUACCUGAUUAAAUGAUUCUGAAACAGACUCUUUGCAAUUCUAAUACACCAUCUCUACAGUGAAACUGACCUAAAGACUCUAUUCAUCUCUGCAUGAUCUUUUAACCCAUACACUCUCUUUUCUUGUUGUAAGAAAUCUUAGUUUAGUUAAUAAGAACCGGCUGUAAGUGUUUAUUUCAGUCAGAACUAAAUAAUUCAUUAA